GAUGUCAAGUUGUGGGAAGUACUGUUUCAAUGAAAUGGGCCCAUGCGUUACUGAAAUACAAAAAAGCGGAAUGAAAUAACAAGAGGAAAUAAAUGUGUGCGUUAUGUUUAGGAUAUAAACUAUGAAUUACUGUCAUCAGCACACCUCAUCUUUGACAUUGCCCCUUUGACAUCUUGUCACAUAUGCAGAGCAACAGUUUACGCUACUUUGUGUUCUGCUCAAUAUCGUUUUUCACAGAGUUGGUCACGAGCUUAAUUUUUUUUGUUGUCUUCGUUGGUCACGCGCUCCGCGUUCCUAUGUGAAAUUACCAAGGCCGAUGGUAAGCCGGCGGCAGGUCUGUUGGCUCUGGGAAGUAAAGGAAUUUGGCCUUUUAACCGCUAUAUUUAUGUACUCCUAGUGCAUCUGCGGGGCAGAGUGGAGCUAUGGGUUGGGGGUUUCCUGAAAUGGAAGGGGAUGUUUAAUACGUACGGGUUGUGUUGGCGUUUUGCCCGUGAACUUAUGCGGCUUGUAUAUCGGCCUUCAGCUGUUGUGUUCCGCCUGUCAGUAAUUGUGGAAAGCCGGGUGAAAAGCUGAUCGAAGAGUUGUGUUUCCAUUUUUGUUACAUUCGUUUAGGUGUUCUUGUCCGUCGAGUUUGUAAUGGAAUUCAGAGCUACUUGGUAAAUGCCUUGUUGAGGGCUUAUCUCAACUCGGGUAUUGGCACUGAAUGGAACCCUGUUCUUGACACAUUGAGAUGCAAAGCGUCUUGCUGUCAUGCUUUUGUCACAAGCAGGUAAACCGAUUUACCAGGUGUUUUUGUGAAAACGGAGCUGGCAUUGCGAAGGAACAAGUGUAAGUUUCCUUCUAGGUCCCUCAGAUACAUCCUAAUUCCUACAAAUCAAUUUCCAGUCUCCAUGUGUGAGGAAUAUUCUUCACAGAAAGCCGAGUAUUUCUCCGUAAAUUUUCUUAAGCUCUGUGAUGCAAGAAGAUACUGCCAGCCCAGCUAGCUGAAAUUUUGUAAAUAGUAAUUGGUUUAAAGGUACUUCGUAACUGGAGUCAUGGUGCAGAAAUAUCAGUCGCCCGUUAGGGUGUAUAAACAUCCGUUUGAACUUAUUAUGGCUGCUUAUGAAAGACGUUUUCCAACAUGCCCACUAAUUCCGAUGUUUGUGGGCAGCGAUGUUGUCAACGAGUUCAAGAGUGAAGAUGGAGCAGUUCAUAUUGUUGAGAGACGGUGUAAGCUAGACGUAGAUGCACCACGACUACUGAAAAAGAUUGCUGGUGUCGACUAUGUUUAUUUCGUACAGAAGAAUUCUUUGAACAGAAGAGAGAGAACACUGCAGAUAGAUGCAUACAAUGAAACUUUUUCAAACAGAGUUGUUAUACAUGAGUACUGCUGUUACACUGUUCAUCCAGAGAAUGAAGACUGGACUUGUUUUGAACAAUCUGCGAGUCUUGAUAUCAAGUCUUUCUUUGGCUUUGAAAGCACUGUUGAAAAGAUUGCAAUGAAGCAGUAUACUAGCAGCAUUAAGAAAGGGAAAGAGAUAAUUGAGUAUUAUCUGCAACAGCUGGAGGAAGAAGGUGUAACAUUUGCCCCUCGCUGGAGUCCAUUUACUGUUUGUAACUUGGGCAAAACCACUCCUAUGCCAAAACUGCCCACUUCUCCUGCCAUAAAUAUACCAGAUUCUAGCAGUAAAGAGGGCUGCUGCAACAAGGAGACUCUUGGUAUUUCCAGCAGCACACCAGAUGCUAGCACUGGGACUCCAGAAGACAAACUGGAUGCUGACUACAUCAAGAGAUAUCUUGGGGACUUGACUCCACUGCAAGAAAGCUGCCUCAUCAGACUACGACAGUGGCUUCAGGAGAGCCACAAGGGAAAAGAGGGUGGAGUAAUCGCCGAAAAAAAGUUCAACUUGUUCGAGGACAAAAAAAACAAAUUUAGUGAAGUUACGGCAUGUGGUAGAGUGUGCUGCAAGGGCAUUUCUGCAGUCAUUGGAUCUGAUCGCCCCGCAAUGUUCUUUCACUCUGUCGGAGAGUUUACGGCUGGUCUUUCCGAUAUAGAAAUGAUGGCAGGUUUCACAAACUGCCGCGUAAACUAUAUUUCUGCUGUUGCAGUCAAAGUGGAGAUUGAAAACCACUGUAAGAUUGGCAUGUGGAAAAGUGUAACUUGUAUCCACGACCUUUCCUUUCCAAACCAGGUGUUGUCAAUAAACGAAGAAGGAUUGCGGAAAUGUGAAGAAAAUACCAAAAUAUUUGGGCGACCCAUCAGUGCCUGGACAUGUUUGGUUGAUUUGGAAGGCCUGAAUAUGAGACAUCUCUGGCGACCUGGAGUGAAAGCACUGCUUCGAAUUAUAGAAGUUGUCGAACCCAAUUAUCCAGAAACUCUUGGCAGGCUGCUUAUAGUGAGAGCGCCAAGAGUGUUUCCUGUCCUGUGGACCUUGGUCAGUCCAUUCAUUGAUGAGAAUACUAGGAAGAAGUUUCUAAUCUACGCAGGGAAUGAUUAUCAGGGGCCUGGAGGGCUAGUAGACUACAUCGAUAAAGAAAUCAUUCCUGACUUCCUUGGUGGGGAAUGCAUGUGUGAAGUUCCAGAGGGUGGUCUGGUUCCCAAGUCUCUUUACAGGACAGCAGAGGAGUUAGAAAAUGAAGACCUAAAACUGUGGACAGAGACUAUCUACCAGUCUGCAAGUGUUUUUAAAGGAUCACCGCAUGAGAUCUUAGUUGAAAUUGUGGAGGCAUCUUGUGUGAUAACUUGGGAUUUUGAUGUUUGUAAAGGCGACAUCACUUUUAACAUCUAUCACUCAAAAAGGGCACCACAACCCCCUAAGAAAGAUACUCUGGUGGCACACAGCAUCACAUGCCCUGGUGGAAACAACAUGCAGCUGAUUGACAAGAUGUGGCAACUUGGCAAAGAUUACAGCUUGGUAGAGUCUCCACUGAUUUGCAAGGAGGGUGAGAGUGUUCAGGGCUCUCACGUUACUCGGUGGCCAGGGUUUUACAUCUUGCAGUGGAAGUUUCAUAACAUGCCUGCCUGUGCUGCAACCAACCUACCUCGAGUGGAUGAUGUGCUGGCAACUCUCCAGGUCUCCUCUCAUAAGUGCAAAGUCAUGUACUAUACAGAAGUGCUGGGGUCAGAGGACUUCAGGGGCUCCAUGAGCAGUCUUGAAUCGAGCCACAGUGGCUUUUCUCAGCUCAGUGCCACCACCACAUCUUCGUCUCAGUCACACUGCAGUUCCAUGGUCUCCAGGUAGUAUCAGCAUGAGGAAACCUAAGAACUUUCAAUGCCACAGGACUUGCACACAAAUGCAUCACUUCGCAUUGUUGUACAACACCAGCCAAAUUCAAAUACAAAUUCUUCUGCACAACUAUAAACAGGCUAAACCAGGUGGUUUAACUUCUUCACUGUUUCUGGAAUCAUGUUUGAAUGUUUUUCAUCAUACAAGUUGCUCCAUAGCCAUGGAUUUAGAAGUGCACAAAUUUUUUAUUUGCUAAAAUAUAAGGGCUUCUUUGAAAGGACAGCAGCUGUUUGCUAUGCUUCCUAAAAUAUCAAGUUAAGAAAUGAACAUUGUUGGUUUGAAAAUUCUGCACAAAAUACAAGCAAAAAACUAGCCACCAAAAAAAAAAAAAAAAAUCAGGUGUUAAAUAUAAGCAAUUGUAGUAGUGAUGGUAAUAAAAAUAUGCAUGGAAAACAUUUAAUGAAAUUAACUGAUUUUAUUUUGUCAUUUACAUUUGACAGAAAGGGGAGGACCUCAUUAACUGUUUUACAUACAGAUUUUAUCACUUCAAUGUAUGCAUUGAAAAAUGAGUUGAAAAAAAUGUCUGACUGGGGAAUGUAUUAAUAUUUUAUAUAUGUUGAUGUGGCUGUUAGAUGCUUUUACUAGAUUCAUUCACUUUGCAGCCUUAGACUAACAAAUAUUCUCCCACUAGCCUAUAAAAUUGUCUAGUAUCUAAAAGUCUUAACGUAUCUAAAUUGUAGCUUCUCAUUGUUGAAAGGUGUUUGUCCCCCUUAACAGGGAGUGGCAAGCAUUACUUGCUGUAUUGUGUAGUAACCUUAUUUCAGCAAUUGGCUCACACACAGGGAUGGCACUGGUUCUGCAAAUGAUGAUUAUGCGGACAGGGCCAGCUGAGCCCAGUCUUUUAAACUGAGAGGUUUUCCUGGCAUUUAAACAUCAACAGAUUAGAUAUUUGCUAAGUAAAAGCUGCCUACCAGUAAUUUUCUCCAUUUGCAUAAAGCAUUUGUUAGCAUCAAGUAGACAUUAUCUGCAAGUGAUUGUAAUCUUCGUUCGAACAGUGUCAUUUCCUUUUUAAGACCUGUACUUUUAUGAUGUACAAUCCUUACAAGCAUUUUACUGCAUGCUUUGUUUAUGUGCAGUCUGUGUAUAUAAUAGGGCCAUUUUUUCAGUUAUCUUUUUACUGAUCACAGUUCACACACUGUAUUUGAUACCCUGGGACUGCAGAGAUUUUCCUUGUUGCAUGCAGUAAUUUGAAAGGCUUUUCAGUUUUGUUCACCUGCAUUGUUAAAAUUAAAUGAAGGCUCUCUCUAGCCUGUUGUGACCUCAUACCCUGUCUGCUUUAAGUACACAUCCAGGAGAACACACUGCAGCUUUCAGCUUAGUAAACUGAAUUAAUCAGAUAUAGACAUGCAAGUUAAACCUGAGGAAAACACAAUGACAACUUUGGCUGUCUGCACAACCCGUACUUUAGCCACAUAGAGGUACUGCUACAGUGCCAUGUUUUUUUUUAAUCUGUUCUGAACUCAAGUCAUUUUUUUUUCUGGCAAAAAAGAAGACACCUGAAGUUCAUUGUUUACAGUACAGGAUUUUAAAAAUAUGGGAUAAAAGUGACUGUUCUGGAAACAGCACACUUUCUAACGUUACUCUUUAUAGCAUGUUGCUAUUAACUGAAGCACAAGGUCAAAAAAUGUCCUGAACAAUAACAGUGUCAGGUGCAUAUUAUGCUAAUUCUGUAUUAUGAAUGUAAUUUGUAUUAUGAUGCUGCCACUUUAAAACAUGUCAGUUUCAUAUGCAUCACUUUGCAUAAUGUUCUUCAACUUUUUAGUUUUAAGUUUUCUGUGCAGUUCACUUACCAAGUCUAAAAUCAGGUCUAGAACUUCUGUGUAAAGAGCCAUACAUAUAAAAUUAAACCACGCACUCCAGGAAGAAUAACUGUUCAUUCCGUUACUUACAAAACUUUAAUAGAAAUACCACAGUAAGCAAACAUUUGCAUGAAUUGUGACAUUUAAAAAAUGUAUUUCCCCAAGCAAAAACAGAAAGCCUGAUUUGUUUGUCUUGUUAUUAAACUGCCAUUUAACUACUUGUUUUGUUGUGUUUGACUAGGUUUUUUAUGUUCUUUCCUUGUGCCAGUGCUGGCUAUGUGCGUGUUACCUCCAUGUUAAAUGUCCUUUGCUUGCUUUCUCUGUUUAGCUAUUACAUUUCAGAUUUUCUUAUAUGUUCUAAACAUUGUAUUGCACUUUUGUUAAUAAAAUGUACCUUUUUAUUUAAUAUUAAAUGUAGCAUUGUAACACCA